AUGGAAAACAACGUAAAGUGCUUCAUGUGCUCAGUUGUGUGCGUGUCGAAUGAUGAUUUAAUCCGUCAUACCGUACGUUUUCAUCGACUAGAUCCUCGAUUUCAAGUUCAAUGUAAGCAUGAUGGAUGUGGAGCAACUUUUCAUAAGUGGAAAUUAUUUCGCCAACAUAUUUGGAGAAAUCAUGGCAAUAAUGGUCUGUCUGACGUUGAACAUGUCGAACGUGACAUUUAUUUUCCAGAUAUAGAUCUUAUGCAAGAAGAAAAUAAUCAUCAGAAUGAUGAUGCAGGUUAUGAUGAAUCAAUUAUGACAGCAUUAGAGCAACUUCAAUGGCAUGCAGCUAAAUUUCUCUUGGGUAUUAGGGAAAAUUGUAAAAUAUCUCAAACGGCAAUUGAAAGAGUAAUUGAAGGUGUUCAACACUUUGAUGUCAAUUUAUUCAUCAAUUAUUCUGACGGUUCUGCUUAUCGUGAAAAUGAAUUUUUUCGCAGCCAUCCUAAUUCGUUGGCUAUAAUUUUGUAUUACGAUGAUCUUGGCGUAGCAAACCCAUUAGGCGUUUCUUCAAAAAAUCAAAAACUGUCGAUGUUCUAUUGGACUCUUGGAAAUAUUCAUCCAAAAGAACGAUCUUCAAAAAAUGCUAUUCAGCUAUUGGCAAUCGUAAAAACCGAGUCGCUAAAAAAAGAUAGGGCACUUGGGAAAUUAUUAGAGCCAUUUAUACAAGAUAUAAUUAAAUUGCGUACUGAAGGAGUCACGAUUAAUGUAAGAGGUAAUGACACAAUUUUUAAAGGAUCUUUAUUAUUUUGUUGCGCUGAUACUCCUGCAGCUGCACUCAUGAGAGGAUUCAAGGAGUCCGUAUCGGCUCAUCGUUUAUGUCUUAGUGAGCCAAAUGUAUCGAAUUACGUUUCAAAAUUUUGGAAACGGAGAUAUGGCGUUAACUCACGAAGUCCGUUAUUAGAUAUUCCAGAUUUCGAUGUAACUGUUGGUUUACCACAAGAUGCAAUGCACAUACUUCUUGAAGCAGAUAUACCAGCUGUAAUAUUGCGCGAACAUUUGGUUUCAACAGACAGUAAACUCCGUCAAACAGCAGCACAGAUGUUUGCCUUAGCUCACGUCUUACCGUUUUUGAUUGCUGAAUCUAUUAUCGAUGAGCAAGAUCGCGAUAUCUGUGUAAGAUUAUUGACUCAUACGCAUUUACUACAAAUACUAAACAUGUGUUUAGCUUAUGAAAUUCAUGAUCAAUCGGUUGAUUUUCUUAGUCACAUGAUACAAUUAUAUAUUAGAAGAUUCAUUUUAUUGUAUCCUGAUUGUGCCAUACCUAAGAUGCAUUUUCUUCUUCAUAUACCACGAUGUAUCCGUUUAUUUGGACCAGCACGACAGCAGUGGUGUUUGCGGUUUGAAAGUGCUCACGCUUAUUAUAAACAACUUGUACCCGUAGUACGCAAUGUUAAAAAUAUGGCAUAUACAUGUGCAUAUAGACAUCAAGCUAAUCUUUACUCGAAAUUAGCAACAUAUUCAGGAGAAUCGACAAAAUUUUUAUAUCAAGGUCAUGAGAUAAGUCCUGGUGACACAGUAUUGUUAAAUAAUCUACCAAAUGAUCAAUUAUUUCAUAAAUAUUUAACUGAAGCUGAGAGAAUUAAUUGUCAAUUAUUACGUAUUCCUAAAGUAAAAAUUCAUGGAACAACAUACGUACCAAAAUCUCUUAUAUUGUUGCAAAAUGAAGAAGAAUUCCUUCCAGUGUUUGGUGAAGUCAGGAAAUAUUUGUGA